UCGGAAGGCUGAGUCACGCCGCGUGACCGCCGCUAACGAGAUUACCGCCGCGGCUUAGAAACCUGGUCGGCUGUAAUCCUGCAUAUAAGCGGGCCCGGCGCGCCGCCCCGCACAGUCCCGCUGCUCGCUCCAGUCUGCUGCGGUUCUACCAGGCGACAAGAUGGUGUACAACUUCAAGGUGUUCAAGAAGGUGGCGCCCAACGGCAAGCUCACGCUGUACAUGGGCAAGCGCGAGUUCGUGGACCACAUCUCCUACGUGGAGCCCAUCGAGGGCGUGGUGCUGGUGGACGAGGAGUACGCGGCGGGGCGGCGCGUGUACGCACAGGUGGUGUGCACGUUCCGCUACGGCCGCGCCGAGGACGAGGUCAUGGGGCUCAACUUCUACAAGGAGCUGUUCCUCGCCUCGCAGCAGGUCUACCCGCCGCCCGAGAAGCGCGACUACGAGCUCUCCAAGACGCAGGAGCGCCUGAUGAAGAAGCUGGGCGCGGGCGCGGCGCCGUUCCGGCUGGCGGUGCCGGCGGGCGCGCCCGGCUCCGUCACGCUGCAGCCCGGCCUCGAGGACGAGGGCGAGCCCUGCGGCGUGCACUACUACGUCAAGGUCUUCGUGGGCGACACCGAGAUCGACCGCUCGCACCGCAGGUCGACGGUGGCGCUGGGCGUGCGCAAGGCGCAGUGGGCGCCGGCGCGCGCGGGCCCGCAGCCCUGCACCACGGUGCGCAAGGACUUCGUGCUGUCGCCCGGCGAGCUGGAGCUCGAGGUCACGCUCGACAAGCAGCUGUACCUGCACGGGGAGACGCUGGGCGUGAACGUGUGCGUGCGCAACAACAGCAGCAAGGUGGUGAAGCGGAUCAAGGCCAGCGUGCUGCAGGGCGUGGACGUGGUGCUGUUCCAGAGCGGCCAGUACCGCAACGCCGUGGCCAGCGUCGAGACGCAGGACGGAUGCCCGCUGCAGCCGGGCUCGAGCCUGCAGAAGGUGUUGCACCUGACGCCAUCACUCGCCCACAACCGCGACCUGCGCGGGCUGGCCCUGGACGCGCACAACAGCCGCGCCGGCGACGCCUCGCUCGCCUCCACCACGCUGUUGCUGGACCCGGAGCAGCGCGACGCGUUCGGCAUCAUCGUGUCGUACAGCGUGAAGGUGAAGCUGUACCUCGGCGCGCUCAACGGCGAGCUGGUCGCCGAGCUGCCCUUCAUACUCAUGCACCCUAAGGAGGGGCGGCAGAAGCUGGUGCGCGAGGACUCGCAGGCCGAGGUGGAGAUGUUCCGCCAGGACACCGUGCACCACCAGGAGAGCGUCGAGGUGUACUAGGCACCUCCGGGGAGCACCGGGGAGCACCGGGAGCGCGAGGAGUACGGGCACCGCGGGGCACCACGAGGCACCCGGGGCAACACACGCUCUACUACACUCUAGGAGGAGAACUCUCUUUAUUAAAUAUCUACAUAGACAUAAAAAAAACUAGUUUUUAGGAUACCUACGCCUUAUCUAAUCUCUGUUUAUUGUUUUAGAAAUUAAAGAAGAUAUGAAUGUUUUGUUUCUUUGUCAAAUGUUUAUGAAACUUUAUUAUUCAUAUUAAUUAUCAUAUUUUCAUAAAUUAUCAAAUACCUGAUUAAUAUGUAAGCAUAUCUAAUGUAAUUAAUUAUAACUAAUUAUUUGUGAUUAAG